AUGGAACGUCUUUACCAUCUUGGGAGGACACAGUGGAAGGUAAUAGUAUGGAGAGUGACUGUUGUUAUUGGGAAGGAGUUGAAUGCAACGAGACUAGAAGCUCAUGUAAUUAAGCUUUCCCUUAACUCUACAAGGGACCGGCUUUUAGGAGAUUGGUAUUUCAAUGCCUCUUUGUUUCUUCCCUUUAAAGAGCUCCAAAAUCUCGACUUAUCUGAUAACCAGCCUGUUGGCUGGUUUGCAAAUGAAGCAGGUUUUGAAAGAUUAUCUGGGUUGAGCAAGCUGGAGAUUCUUCGGUUGGAUUGGAAUCGCUAUGAUAACAGUGUCCUAUCCUCUCUCGGAGUGCUUUCAUCACUUAAGAGAUUAUACAUGAGCAACAGCCAAUUGAAUAGAUCUGUUCACUUACAAGGUAUGAAGGAGACCUUAGCAAUAUUUAUUUCUCAAGGAGAAUUGCAAUGA